GCAAGGCGGACGCUCCAUUGUUCUAGGGUUUUGAUUGGCGGACGGAGCGAGCGGUCGAUCGAGCGGCGGCAGCUAUGGGCGGAGGCAAUGCGCAGAAAUCGAAGAUGGCCCGCGAUCGGAACUUGGAGAAGGCCAAGGCGAGCGGCAAAGGUAGCCAACUCGAUUCCAAUAAGAAAGCUAUGAACAUCCAGUGCAAGAUUUGUAUGCAAACGUUUAUGUGCACGACGAGUGAGGUGAAAUGCAAAGAGCACGCCGAAGCGAAGCAUCCCAAGGUCGAUCUUCACGCUUGUUUUCCACAUCUAAAGAGCUAGAAGGGGAGGAUCAAGCUGAUCAUCUCCACCACCAUACCGUAAGAAAAAAAAAGAGAGAAAAUCCACAAAAAAAGAGAAAAGCUUUUGAUGAUCUACUAAAGACUUAACGCCGACGAUGCUGUAUAGAGAAAGAAAUUCGCUGUGCAUUGUCUAGAGUUCCUGGUGUUCUUGCCUCUUUGCUCGGCAAAAGAUCGAAAUAAAAGAUCUAGGGGGGAUUCUCGCCGCGUUUUCUUCGAA